AUGGCGGCGACGUCCUCCGGGAACGCGCGCGCCCACUCCAGGCGGAGGCGCUCGUCCUGCUCCGCCACGCGCAGGCGCUGCUCGUGCUCGCGGGGCGCGCCGUCACUGCUCAGUCGUGACGGCCGGCGAUGGCGGCGCGAGCAUCUCCGCCUGCUCGCGCGUCCAAACGUCGUCGAAGUUUAUUUUUCGGCGGGAGCGGCUGAGGCGCCAGGCGACGGCGUCGUAGGCCCGCUCCGCCUCGAGAUGAUGAUAUCCAAAAUGCAUGCUAUGCUUCCUUUUGAUGUUCCACGUAUCCACAAUCUGAUUUCAUCAGUUUCAGUGUACUUCAUCAAGUCAUGGGCUGUGGCUUCAAUCCCUCAAUUUUUCGUUUGCAUGUGCUGUGCUGCUAUUAAGCAUUGUUUAGCAAACAAUGUUUUGGGAAUUUCCUCCAGUAUCAAGCUCCUGGUCCCACCCGCAGAUGCUGCCUCCAUGCUUUUCAUUGGUGACACUCUAAUAUCUGGUAUAUGUGUUGCACUUGCCCUCUGUAUUGCUGUGCCAAGAGGUAGCAAGAACAGUUUCUUUAAUUACGCAUGUUUGCGGUACACUGUCAGCUUGACUGUAAUUAACAUCAUAAUGAACUGGUAUCAAUCCACACAGGGUGGGGGGCAGCCUGUUCUACAAUACGUUGCUGCUGGCGUGAUUGAUUUUGUUGCUGUUCACUGUUUGUGGAAUGUAGAAGUAAAACAGGAUGGUGACGGAGGUGAGGAUGGUGCCGGAGGUGAGGAUGGUGCCGGGGGUGAGGAUGGUGCCGGAGGUGAGGAUGGUGCCGGAAGUGAGGAUGGUGCCGGAGGUGAGGAUGGUGCCGGAGAUUAUGAUGGUGCCGGAGGUGAGGAUGGUGCCGGAGGUGAGGAUGAUGCUACAUUUGCAUUGGAGGAUAUCGGUCGUGAAAUUGUGUCAUGUUUACGUGUGGUGCAAUUGUUAGCCAUUCGUGCAAACUUCCGUAUCAGCCAUAUCAACGCAUUGGACUGGAACCAAUAUACAAACAUCUAUAGGGCACUUGAGGGGGAAGUACAAGAGGAAGGAAUGGAUUUGGUACUCACUGGACCAUAUAGGAUGCUAGAGGCUUACUCCACCUUGGGCUUGGAGGUUUUCACAGCCGACGAUGAUGAGGGUCUUCUACCGGUCGUAUUUUCAAAAGGUGGGAUGUUGCUUGGCCUGAAGAGGUUGAACCUCAAAGACCUCGGUUCGAAAAGCCGCGCCGUGUAUGGUAGCGUCAAGUCAAUUGCCAUUGACUAUGGGAGCAAAAGCGUCCAUCUCUUCGCUGUGAACGAGGAAAGAGCUUGUCCCUGCCCUGUGGUUCCACGUGCAUUCUUCCACCGGAACCACACAUGA